CCCCCAUCCACCAUGCGCGAAGUCAACUUCAGCAUCCCGAAUGCCAACAAGGCCUCGGUCGGCAUCACAACCGCCCUCUACGACCGCCGCGCCCUCGACUGCACAUCGACGCUGCCGCUCAUCAACUCGCUCAACCAUCUCGCCUACCUGACCACGUCGUCGGCCCGCAUACGGGACAUCCUCACCGUCGAUGGCGGCAUCGAGCGCCUGAUAUGCAUCCUCAAGGAGGGCCGCAGCAAGGACAUGAUGGACAUGUGGAAAUGGAACCUGGCCUUCCAGUGCAUCUUCAACAUCGGCGUGCGAGGCUCCGAGAACGUCAGGACGCGUGUCGUCGAGGCCGACAUGGUGCCCGUCAUUGCCUCCAUCCUCGACAACUACAUCAAGGUCGUCGACAAGAUGCGCGCCAGGGCCGAGGCUGAGAUGCACAAGUCGUCGCGCCUGGGCACAUCGAGCCGCCACCACUCGUCACGGACGGGCGAGGCCGCCUCGAGCUCUGCCCACCGAGCCGACCGAUCACGACGCAUCAUCCCGCCUCCCAUCGAGAUUCCCCGUCCCAUCGAGGCUCCCCUAGCCGAGGCUACCCCCGUCCCCUCCUUCUCGCUCAGCUCGCCCCCCGAGCGCACCACGUUUGCUCGCGGCCGCCCUCCCCACCACCACCAUCACCACCACCGCAGCCACGAAACCCGCGCCCAGCUGUUUGGCGCCCCUGCCACCACCGCACGCACCCUCGGCCAGCCCUCGGUCACUGCCCUGCCGUCCAUGGACACGGCCCCUGAUGCCUUUGCCCUGCGCCCGGUGCGAGACGCCGACCGCCUGCCCUCGAUGCUUCCGGCGUUGCAAGGCGAGAUCACGUCGCAACCAGAGUCACCCACGACGCCCAGUGCUCCCCAGGCACGCCCGACAAGUCCCAGAGCAGGUCUGGCCAGGGCCCGUCGGCGGCCAUCGAUCCGCCAUCAACUAUCCGUGUCUGGCGAGUCGGAUCUCGAGGUGCCGCAAGAAGACUUGUCUACAGAAGUACCCACAGCGGCAGGCCCAGCUGUGAACGAGCCAAUUGUCGGCAUCCAAAACAACGAGAUCAACAUGGCCGACAUUGUCGGCAACCCAGAGAUGCUGGACGCUGGCAACACACCGGUGCCCAUUGCCGCGCCUUCAGAGGGCACCGACGAGAACAACGAGACGUUCAACAUUACCCACCGUCCAGCACUCGAUGGCAGUCUGAUCAACCCAACCAACACGCCGCCCAACAACCCCAUUACCGGUUUCUCGCCCAUGCAGCCCACCAUCAACGUGGUCAACACCAACCCUCCGCCGCCAUGGUACCCACGCUACGCGCAGGAACGCAACGCCUCUGCCAGCGUGCUCGCCGCCAUGCCCCGCGAUGAAGACGUGCUCAUGUCGCUGCAGCUACUGGCCUACGUGUCAAAGUACUGCAACCUACGAAGCUACUUUCAAAAGUCGCAUCUGGUGCCCAAGCUCCGAAUCGGCACGGAGCUUCUGGACGGCGAGACAUCGGCGCCCAAGGCCGGCGAAGAGGAAGAGGAAGAGCUGGAGGAAUACGAACUGCCCGACGACUUCAACAUCUUCCCGCUUGUGGAGCAAUUCACGGUCCGCCACCACACAUCGGACAUGCAGUACUGGGCAAGCGUUGUUAUGCGCAACCUCUGCCGGAAAGACGACUCUCGUGGAGGGAUCCGGCAGUGCGCAUACUACCAGUGCGGCCGCUGGGAAGAGUACACUCGCCAGUUUGCCAAGUGCCGUCGCUGCCGGCGGACAAAGUACUGCAGCAAAGAAUGCCAAAAGAGCGCAUGGGUCUUCCACCGCCACUGGUGCGUCGCCGCUACCUAGGACAUGCGGAUCAUACCCAUUCUCUAAUCCUUUUUCUUACCAAUCAUCAUCAUCAUCAUCAUCAUCAUCACCAUCGUCAUCCUCAUCGUCAUUAUCAUCCUCAUUGUCAGUUGGGCUGUUCCAUCAUCUUCUGGCCGCAUAUUGCAUGGCGCUUUUUUCUUUCUUUCUGGGGUUCUUUUUUUUUGAUAAUCUUUCAAAGGUGCAAUAAUUAAUGAGAGACACGACUACUGGAUACCACGACAAGUUUACAACUACUUCUAUUACUCGGAAUGCUUCUCAAAGGCAACAAAGGAAAUCUAGGGGUGCUGAAGACUUGCGGAGGGUCUGCAAAGGCCAGGGACGAGAAGCGGAGAGAGGCGGAGAGCAGAGCAGAGCAGAGCAGAGCGGGGAG